AGACUUCUUCUUUUGAGCUGUCUUUAAUAUCGAGAGCUUUCUAAUCUUAGCAGAAUAGGCAAGAUUAAUGUUCAGUCUCAAGAAUUUCUGAAUGUAUUUCUUUAUCCACAGAAUAAAUUGUGGGGAAAAAAUUUAAGACAUUGCUGAGGCUGCUGGUUCUCUCCACUGCUGAACCACAAGAGAUUUAACACACAAUGGGACAAGAAGAACCGCAAAAUAAAUUAGAAAGAGGCCAGCAUUCCCAGCUGAUCCCUUGGACCAUUGCUAUUUUUUUCAUGUCACUUCUAAGUGCCUGUUUUAUUGCAAAUUGUGUGGUGACUCACCACAACUUUCUAUCCUGUAAGAAAGGAACGGGGUUCUUCAGGCUCCCAAAGCAGCACCCAAAGGUGACAUGCGUCAGAGAGAAACCGGAACUGAAAGGGGGCACCUGGAAUUGCUGUCCUGUGGGCUGGAGAGCCUUCCGGUCCAACUGCUAUUUUCCUUUUAAUGACAACAAGACGUGGGCUCAGAGUGAAAGCCACUGCUCUGGGAUGGGAGGUCACCUGGCCACCAUCAGCACAGGGGCUGAGCAGAACUUUAUCACUCAAUUUUUGGAUAGACGAUUUUCAUAUUUCCUGGGACUUAGGAAUGAGAACCUUGACGGCCAGUGGCAUUGGGUGGACAAGAAACCAUUUAACCCACAGAUGGUAUUCUGGCACAAGCGUGAAUCCAACAAUGAUCAGAAAGAAAAAUGUGUUGUUCUUGUUAACGACAAAGACAAAUGGGCCUGGAGUGAUUUUCCUUGUGACUAUAAGACAAGUUGGAUUUGCAAGAUAACUGGAACUGCAUUCAACUAAAAACCUACGAAGGGGGCCCUGUGAUGAGGACAGAAAAUAAGAAACAAUGCGACUAAACAGAACAUACAUGUAUUGUGGGAACAGAGAAAACGUUUUCCGUCAUAGAACAUUUUCAGUCAUGAUGGCCUUAUUUAUUUAUUUUUUCGUUUCAUUCAUUCAAGAUAAUGUAUUUUUUGUGUUGUGUUUUGGUGGAAAGAAUCAUAUUUUUCUGUGAGAAUCAAUUUCAUUAACUUUGUUUUCUUGAUAGUAUUUCAGGCAGGGCAGUUACUUUUCAACUGGUGUGUAUUGAUUACAUAUUUAAUAGCUUGAAUGGUGAAAUCUUUUAAGUCACCAUUUCAUCUGCUCUGAUGAUUCUUAGCACUUAAAGUUCAAAGGUGGGAUAUUUCAAUUGGUAGUGGUGCAUCUUUUUUUAACCCAAAUAUCGCAAACUCUAAAGGUUUUAAGCAGCAUUUUUAUUGUCUGGUGCUUUGUUUUCAGGUUUUUUAAUAGUAUCAGUCAUUAUAUUGAAAUUCCAUGAGCAAAAUAUUUUCUGAAGAACAGUAUAGAAUAGUUAGAAUUAUGGUAUUGCCCAGGAAGAAAGAGAUUCCCUGGUAGCUCAGGUGGUAAAGAAUCUGCUUGCAGUGCAGGAGACCCUGGUUGGAUUGCUGGG